GGUGAAAGGUCGCCAACAUGGCGGCGCGCCGCUGCUGCCGCCGCUGGGCGCCGCUCUUGCUGCCGCCCUCGGUCCGCCCGGCGGCUUCCCUCGGGCCCGGCGGCCGCCCGCGGGUGGCCGGGCUCGCGGGGCGCGCUCACUGCGCCCGGAGCAGCCUGUACGAGCACGUGCGGGGCGGUUACUCGGCGCGGCCGGCCCUGGACAUGGAGCACGUCUGCGCGCGCACCGACGCCGCCGUGGCCAACGUGGAGAGCCGCAAGGGGGAGCUGAGCGGCCGGGACCUGCGCGACGUGGUGGUCACAUGGGAACAGCUGCGGGAAGUCAGACAGAAGAUAGAGACGUUGGAGAAGGAAAAGCGAGAAAUCAGCGAUCGAAUCAAAGCCCUUCUGCCGGAGUCUGGCCAGCGAGCACUGCCUUCGCAUCCCGAGUUCCUGAAGCUUCGCCAACGAGGGAAGGAAAUACGUGAGGAGCUCAACGGGUUGUAUCCGGAGGAGAGCCAGCUGGAUGAACGCUUUUAUCUGAAAGCCUUGAAGAUCCCGAACCAAACUCACCCGAACGUGCCGGUGGGUGAUGAGAGUCAAGCUCGUGUUAUGGAGGUGAUAGGCGAGAAACCAGUGUUCAAUUUUAAUAUCAAGGGCCAUUUGGAGAUUGGCGAAGACUUGGACAUCAUCAGACAGAGGCGCUUGUCGCACAUCUCCGGCCACAGGUCCUACUACCUGCGCGGAGCGGGCAGCGAGCUCCAGCUGGCUCUGGUGCAGUUCACGGUGCGGAAGCUUCUCGACAAGGGAUUUGUUUCAAUAAGUGUUCCGGACAUGAUGAAAGGUGUUGUGUUUGAAGGCUGUGGAAUGCCGCCUGGAGCCAAGGCUUCUCAGGUUUACCGGCUCGACCCGACCUGUUACGAGGACCUUAACUUGGCAGGAACUGCGGAGGUGGGCAUUGCAGGUUACUUCAUGGACCACGCUGUGAGCUUGAAGGACCUGCCUCUCAGACUGGUUUGCUCCAGCACCUGCUACAGAGCGGAGACGGAUAGGGGCCGAGACCCUAGGGGUUUGUACAGGGUCCACCACUUCACCAAGGUAGAGAUGUUUGGGGUAACGGCAGCGGAGACCGGGGGGGAGAGUCGGGAGCUGUUGGCUCACUUUGUGGACAUCCAGAAAGAAAUCUUCUCCGACCUCGGCCUCCAUUACAAGGUACUGGACAUGCCAACCGAGGAGCUCGGGCUGCCCGCCUACCGCAAGCUUGAUAUUGAAGCCUGGAUGCCCGGGAGGGGCAAAUAUGGAGAGAUCUCAAGCGCUUCCAACUGCACCGACUACCAGAGCAGACGGCUGAACAUCAUGUAUCGGGACAGACAGACACGAUUAAAAUACGCUCACACUGUUAACGCCACCGCCUGUGCUGUGCCUCGCACUCUCAUCGCCAUUCUGGAGGCCAAUCAGCUGCAGGACGGAACGGUGCAGGUCCCGAAAGCCCUGCAGAGCUACCUGGGAGGGCGAGAGGUGAUCGACAAGCCCCAGCAUUCUCCCCUCGAGUACAUCGGGCCCAACCGGCGACACAGGAAAGACGUCUGAACUCUCUUGGGGUCUGUGGAGGUUCGCAUGUGUAGUGACUGUAAGAGGAGCUUUCCCCCCCCCCCGGAUUUUCGCGGCUCGGGAGUUGUCUGUAGCCGGGAACACUGCGGAGUGAGGCACCACGGAGCAUCGAGAGAACUCCC